UGAAGAGAGAGAAACCGAAACCUCUCUCUCUUAAUUUUUUCCUUUCCUUUUUCUUAUCUUUUCGUCGCUCCAAAUACUAUUUCAAUCCGAUUCACAAAAGGAUCAAAAGUUUUCUCUUUCCAAUCAUAUAUAUAUAUAUUCUAGUAUCUUCUCCUUUUUCAUCGUUUGUUGUUCUUCGCCAUUGAUAAACCGGUUAAGUUAUCGUCAUCGCCGUCGCCGUCGCUGUGGUUCGUUCGGUUAAUUGGAAUUUUGUCUGAUCCGACGGCUGAGGAUCUCUUGGUCCCUCCAAUCGUACGCCUACGACUACUUUGUCUGUCCCACUUCUCUCUCCUUCAUCCUUACUGAGCAGGUUAUAAUUUUCUGACAGUUUGACGACUGAUGGAGCGGCCUAAUGGUCAUAGGAGAUUAAGAAGAAAUGAUCAUCAUGGUCAAGAAAAUGGUGAUGUCAUUCACUCUAGUGUUGGAGAUGACCUUGAUCCAUGGACGGCAUGGGCAUACAAGCCUCGGACCAUUUCAAUGUUACUUGUUGGCGCAUGUUUUCUUAUAUGGGCAAGUGGGGCACUGGAUCCUGAAAGUACUGUAUCUGGAGAUCUUGUUACAUCAGUGAAAAGGGGCGUAUGGGCAAUGAUUGCAGUUUUUCUUGCUUAUUGCUUGCUGCAAGCCCCUUCUUCGGUUCUGAUUCGGCCACAUCCGGCAAUUUGGCGCUUAGUUCAUGGAAUGGCUGUUGUUUACCUUGUUUCUCUCACAUUUUUGCUUUUUCAGAAGCGAGAUGAUGCUAGGCAGUUUAUGAAGUUUCUCCAUCCAGAUCUUGGUGUUGAACUUCCAGAAAGAUCCUAUGGAGCAGAUUGCCGCAUAUAUCUCCCUGAAAAUCCUACAAGCAGGUUUAAGAAUGUUUAUGAAACACUUUUUGAUGAAUUUGUUUUAGCUCAUAUUAUUGGAUGGUGGGGAAAAGCUAUAUUGAUCCGUAAUCAGCCUCUUCUUUGGGUUCUAUCAAUUGGAUUUGAGUUGAUGGAGCUUACCUUCCGCCACAUGUUACCAAAUUUCAACGAAUGUUGGUGGGACAGUAUUAUUCUUGAUAUUUUGAUCUGCAAUUGGUUUGGUAUCUGGGCAGGAAUGCAUACUGUUAGAUACUUUGAUGGAAAAACAUACAAGUGGGUCGGGAUAAGCCGUCAGCCUAAUAUCAUCGGAAAAGUCAAAAGGACAUUAGAACAAUUUACGCCAGCUCAGUGGGAUAAAGAUGAGUGGCAUCCCCUGCUUGGUCCAUGGCGUUUCAUUCAAGUUCUUUGCCUUUGCAUUGUGUUCCUUACAGUAGAGCUUAACACAUUCUUUCUCAAGUUUUGUCUGUGGAUUCCUCCCCGAAACCCUGUUAUCGUCUAUAGGUUGAUAUUGUGGUGGCUAAUUGCAAUUCCGACAAUUCGCGAGUACAAUUCAUACCUUCAGGACCGAAAACCGGUCAAGAAGGUCGGCGCAUUUUGUUGGCUUUCCAUUGCUAUUUGCAUCGUUGAACUUCUCAUUUGCAUCAAGUUUGGACACGGAUUGUAUCCUAAACCUAUGCCAUUAUGGCUGGUAACCUUUUGGACAUCCGUCGGAGCAUUCCUCGUACUAUUCCUCAUUGUUUGGUCGUGGCAAUCUCAUCGAAGUUUAGUGAGAAAGAGGCAAUGAUACUGCACUACUUCUCUACAUCAUUCUUUGAUUCCUACCUUUCCUUGAAGUUUAUCCUUCCAUGUAAAUACUGAUCCUCUUUUUUUAAAAAAUUGUAAAUCCAUAUUUUCUUAGAUUAGUGGAUCACAGUUUUCUUGAGCAGAGAAUAUCGUUAAUUCUUUCUUGUUGGGUAGUGGGAAAUGCUUCUACUGGAAGGCUCAUGAGUUACGGGUUGCCACCAUUACUGGCAAA